GGCGGCGGCGCGCCGGUGUGUUAACGAGCGCCAGAGUUUCUGUGAAGCCGCCGCCGCCGCCGCCGCCUCACCCUGGACUUGACUGGGCGAGCAGCCGCAAGACACCGCCGCAUAGGAACAGCAGGAGGGGCAGCUUCGAAGAAGAACACGCCGCAGCAGCGAGGAGAGCAAGCUUAGGUGGGGGAGGAGAGACAAGCAGAGACAGACGAGCGCUCAAUCACAACAACAAAAAAAAAAAAAACACAAGGAAAGAAAGACAGCGGACGGGACGCAGAGAGGAGUGAUGGCGGACGCGGAUUUGGAUUUCCAGACGGGCGAUGCUGGCGCCUCGUCCACCUUCCCCAUGCAGUGCUCCGCCCUGCGCAAGAACGGCUUUGUGGUGCUCAAGGGCCGGCCCUGCAAGAUCGUGGAGAUGAGCACCUCCAAGACAGGCAAGCACGGCCAUGCCAAGGUCCACAUGGUCGGGAUCGACAUCUUCAGUGGAAAGAAGCACGAAGACAUCUGCCCUUCAACUCACAACAUGGACGUGCCGAACAUCAAGAGGAACGACUAUCAGCUGAUCGGGAUCCAGGACGGAUACCUCUCUCUGCUCCAGGACAGCGGGGAGGUGCGGGAGGACCUGAGGCUGCCCGAGGGAGAGCUGGGCAAGGAGAUUGAGAGCAAGUACGAGGCAGGGGAGGAGAUCCUGAUCACUGUUCUGUCCGCUAUGAACGAGGAGUGCGCCGUCGCUAUCAAGGCCAUGACUAAAUAAACAGCACAGGAGCUGGACGGAGAAGCGCUGGAUCUCAAUGCGAACAGAAGACAACAGCAAGGCUACGGUUAUCAUUUUCUCGCGAGUUGUCUUUACGUUCGAACCCUGUGGGAUGAAAUAAUAAAAAUAAAGAAAUAAAAAAAAAAUUGGCACCUCUCCCAAAGCCACAACCCAUUGUAUCAAGAAGCUUAUGAAACCGAGUCCCUGUGUCGGCCAUUUUGGAUCUUCCUGCUGUGUAGUUAACACACAACGCCGUCUCUGUGUUAGAGCCACAAUGGCUCCAGUUUCCUAACCUCCUGUACUCUACCAACCUCAAAAAAACCCCAGAAAAAUCGAUUUUGCCUGCUUUAAAAUCCUUUUUUUAACCAGCGAUGCCAGGUGUUGCAAUGAAGCAGAACACACACACAUAUACACACAGCUCUGGCCAAAAGUUUUGCAUCACCUAGAAUUAUAGGACUGAGACAUAAUAAAAUAAUAAUAAUAAUA